GCAAAACAAGCCUUGCAGAGAACAGCAAACUCCCGCUGUCAAUGAGUGACGUCGGAUCGCACUCUCUCCUUCUCUUUGCUUUGCCGCGUCGUCCAGUCAACCCGUCGCAUCUCGUCCAAACUCUCUCUUCUCCGACGAAUGACACGCCUGCACCACCCUCAAAACUUCCUUCUGCUGGGCCAAACGGCCAACUUCCGUGUCGGCCCCAAUCUUGGACAUAACAAAAGAGGGCGCCUCUCGCGAAACUUGGCCAUCUCGGUGUUUCUCCCGGCUCCCUUCACCACAUUUGCGAUUCCAGCUUGUCACUACGCCGAAACCGGCGUCUCAGCCUGGUUCGUUGAAACGGUACCCAACACCAAACAGACACCAUCCCGACCUGUGACGCGAGUCUGGCAUCCAAACAUGCCAGCCUUCUGUCAAGCCUCGUCCGCGGCGACUGAAACUGCCGUCCCGAUCGCACAAUCACCCAUUUGCUGUGGUAGCUAUGACUGCCUACGGGUCUACACUACCGCUUCUGGUACGCGCAUCACGGAUGCUGUUGCCACCGCCGACAACUUAUUGGACCUCGCCGGGCUUACUUACUGCUCUACUAACAUGAUGUGCUGGGCAUUCCACAAUGUUCUCGCCCCAUCAGUUCCAAGUGGGGAUGAAGCUCCGCAUCUAUAAUCGUACAUACGGAUACAUACACUGACAUCGCUGACGUCCCGUCUUCCUUUCCGGAUCUCGGUGGAUAGCGCCAUGCCAUGUUUUCCAAUAAUUGCUACACGUAC